AUGUGGAAUGCUCGGCCUCUCGGUUCAACCUUUAAUCCCGACGUCGAUUACGCUGAUGAGCUAGACCUGUUCACAUUUGAGAUACAUCAUGGAGGGGAAUUGAUUGACUUUCCAGAAUUUGGGUAUGAGGGUAAAGUAUCGUAUAUCGAUAAGGGUAAAGAAAAAGAGGUUGGGGAUAAUGAAAAAGAGGCUGGGGAUAAUGAAAAAGAGGUUAGUGUAGUAGAUGUAAGCUCUGACUCUAAUUCAGAUGAAAGUGAUGAAAGUGAUGACAAUGCUGAUGUAUUAGAUGAUGAACAAAGCAAAGAAACUGAGGUAACAAAUGCAAAGUUUAUUGAUCCUGAUGGUGGUGAUGAUCCUGAUUAUGGUGGUAAUGAGGAUGAGGGUAGUGAUGAAAGUGAGGAGGGUAGUGAUAAAGGUGAGGAUAGUGAUAAGGGUGAGGAUAGUGAGGAUCCUGAUUACAUAGUAUAUGAGGAAUACUUAGAUCAUGAUGUUGAUAUGGAUCAGGUUGAGUUUAGAGCUGCUGUAGAAUUUGAUAUCAGUGAUGAUGAAGGGGAGGAUCAGGAUGAGCAACAAGUUGAUGACUUUGACUUAGACAAUUUUGAUAGCCUUAGUGAUUAA